UCUGUCAUUGUGACCACGUAUUGUCUGGGUGAGUUGUUCACGGACCGUAACAACUCACUUGAGCAGAAUUUAAAAGGCAUCUCCACCUGAUAAGGAGGCACACACAGGAAGGAGAAAGAAGCAUCAGAGAAACGGAAAUCAUGAAGCUGCAAACUGCUGUUCUGCUGACCUGUCUGCUCAGGACAAGUCUUGCUUUGCCGGUGAUAUUUGCAAGCAACAGCAAUGAGAUGCUCAAUGCAUUAACUCUCGCAGCUCUUGGACGAGCGCAGGGCUCAUCCCUACUGCCCCAAUUUGUUCUGCAACAACAGCAACCUGAGGUACUGUUUACCCCUCAGGUGGUGAAUUUGAACCCUCAACUGGCAGGUCCUUUCGGUGCCCAAGGGCCACAGCUGCUGCUUCCCAACCAGGGAAACCAGCUGACACCAAUGUUUGUCGCCAACGGCCAGCAAGAGCAGCUUGGACCGCCACAGGAUCCCAAUAACCCAAACGUUCCUCAGCAAGCCCAAAACCCUAUGCAGCUAUAUCCACAGUUCCAGUACCCAUCUUUUGGGUUUCCUCAGCUUCAGAGACAUCAGGGCUUCUCCUACUAUAUGCCACCUUAUGGCUAUCCCCAGCAGAGGGGCACUGCAGUGCUGCAGCCCAGCAACGGACAGCAGAACCUGGAGAGAACCACACAGAGACCACAGCUCCCCCUGCAGGGUUCCAAGCCCAAGGUACAGACAGAAAAGACAUGGCCAGCGGGGACACAGAAAGAGUCCACUACAAAUCCUCCUGAUCCUCGCGGUGACGCAACUGGCACUGGGAUUGAUGAAGGAAAUGGCAACUUCCCGUUCCUGUUUGAACCCUAGAGGCCACCUGGGAAAGAACAGCAACUUUUGAGGCGUUUUUUGCCACAAAUUGAAUGAAAGUUGCUGUAAUUUACUUAAACUGCAUGUUGAAUAAAUAUUUUUUUUCCAAAUGAAAUUGCGUAAGAUUCUUAUCGUGAAAACAAAGACAUUUCUGUAAGUUGAAUAAGCAAACUUGGACAAAGCUUGAUA